AUUUGUCAGAAUGUCUGAGCCGGUAAGAAUAAUGUGAAAUGGAAUGUGAAUCAAAUGAAAUAUGAAAUGAAUAAGAAUGUGAAAAGUUGUUAGCGUUAGGUUGUUAGUAAAUGGGAAGAGGCGAAUAAGUAAUAUUUGUGUAGGUUGUUGGUGCUGAUAUGAAUGUUGAGCAAAAGAAGAAGCGAACUUUCAAGAAGUUCACUUAUCGUGGUGUGGACUUGGAUAAGUUGUUGGAUAUGCCUCUAAAGGACUUGAUGGAGCUUGUUGAUGCGCGUGCUCGUCGUCGUUUCCGUCGUGGUCUUAAGAGAAAGCCUCAGGCUCUGAUAAAGAGACUGCGCAUUGCUAAGGCGAACACUCCUGAGAAUGAGCGUCCUCAGCCUGUGAAGACUCAUCUUCGUAACAUGAUAGUUGUUCCUGAGAUGAUUGGUUCUGUUGUUGGUGUUUACAACGGGAAGAGUUUCAACAACGUUGAGAUCAAGGCUGAGAUGAUUGGUCACUACUUGGGUGAAUUUUCGUUGACUUACCAGCCCGUGAAGCACAACCGCCCUGGUAUUGGUGCUACUCACUCUUCGAAGUUCAUUCCUUUGAAGUAAGUUUUGUCUGCACAUUUUAUCUUGGUGACGAUGGUUUGUUGUUUGUUUGAACAAAGUGUAAUAGAGUAUCUAAAUGCAUUGAUUCUGUGUUUUUCCAUGAAUCGCGGUUAUUUGGUAGUACUAUACUUACUCUAGUAGAUCGUAGACAUUAUUGCGAUGAGUAUACGAAAAGAAGAUAUUGAUUUGGAUAAUCCAUUUAACAAUUUUAAGUAGCUAUAUUACUGUCUGUGAUGAAUGUAGAUUGUUUUGGAAUGCUGGCAAAGAAAAUUGGAAGAAUAAGGAGCACAUUGCACGCCUAACUCUUUUCUAUUCGAAACACCAUCCUUCAAAAGUAUUAUCUAUGGUGUGUGUAAUAUCUUAGAUUAAUUCUAUUGUUUCGUUGCUCUCGAAGUACGAAGGACGUGAGUUGGAGAUGUAUAACAAUAUCCUCAAGAAGUAUGGUGUCGAUGCUCUCUCUCCCGAUGAUCGUCGAUGAAUUAUCUGUUUAUUACUUUGUAGGCAAGAAGAUGGAAACUACGUAUUAUAUUACGGAGUAUUACAAAAUCCAUAAUCCUGAACGUCUUUCAGGUAUUCCUUUUUCAUUUCUGUAACUAUAAGAUGUUCCAAGCCUCGUCAAGAAAUAUCGGGAAGACUACGAACUCCUCUUUCACAAAAUGAAAAAGAAAUAUGGCACCGAUCCGCGCGACGAAAUUCAAGUGAGUUUUUUGUUCUGGCCCUAAACGUUAGCUUCCUGUUUCGACUGUAGUAGAGUCUCCAACCCCUGUGGCUGAUGAGAAUGCAGAGAAUGCACGAGAGGAAGAGUAUUCCUAUUCGGAGUAUUCUUAUUCGGAAGAAGAAGAAAAAGAAAAGAAAGAAAUGGCACCGAAAGAGAGGAAGGUGGAAGAAAAGCGAGAUAUUCUCCUUCAGGCGAAGGAAGCGGGUUCGAAAGAGGGUGGUCUGUUUAGUAACAUCUUGAAAUCAUCCAAGAAACUGUUUGAUGAGCUGAGCAAUGCCGGACUGAAGGCCGAUUCGCAGUCGACCCAGAAGGAAAAACAAAGAGAGAUCGGUCGAGACCAGUUCGGUGCGUCGUUCGUUUCGAAUAGCGCAGCGAUCGGGAACGCGGCAGCGGAAACGACGCGCCACGAAAUCGAAAACGCCGUGGAGAAAGUGGAUAACUGCAUCACGAUUCUCGUGGGAGUCAUGCAGGAAGAGGUUUGCUUUGUCGCUCUGCUGGAAUGGUAGGACGCGCUUUGGAAGUCGCUCUCGCAGGAGCUCGCAGUGGAUCAGUCGGCGUUGCUGUCGUCGUAUCAUUCGCGGCUUAACGCGUUGUUGCAGCGUGUGAAGAGCAUCGAGAUCUUGCUGAUGAACCGAGAGGAAGAGAUCGAGCGCGAGGAUUUCUUGUCGUGGAAAGAAUCCAAGACGCAGAAGCUGGCCAUGCUGCAGAGCAUUUAUGACCAGCAAGUCGCUGCCAAGAAGGAGGAGUUGGAAGAUUUGCGCCCUACACAGCAAGACAAGCCGGCGGAGCCUCGCCAAACCCAGUCAGAGAAGCCAGUCGCAGCACAGCCUGCACAGCAAACGGAGCUCAAAGAGGUUCAGAUGGUGGAAGAAACAGCCAAGGCGCAGCCUGAAGCGAAGGUCGAGGCGGAGGCGGAUAGUAGUGAUGACGAUGAUUUAUAAUCU